AAAAAAUAUAUCUAUCGUAACUAUUAAGCCAUCGGUUUUAUUAAAAUUUACGUCGUCAAUACGUCGAAUGUUUUUAUAGAUUUCUUUGAGAGAGAAAAAAAAAGCCAGGAAUAUAAUAAUCUUAAGGAUAUCGCGUGCCAAUAUCGCCUCAAAACCAAAACUAAACACGAAUACAUAUCAAUAAAGUAAUUUUGUGAUUCCUUUUUAUUUAUACAACAACAAAUAUAUCUCUUUUUUUGUCUUACCUAUAACCUUACCGGCUUGUUGUCCUAUUUAUUUUAUACGUUUAUCGAUUUCAAGGACGAAUUGAUUGUGGGCUGAGUUGUCGUUUGUUUUUUUUCUGUCGGAUUUUUAGUUUGUUUAUUUGUUUUUUUUUUUUUUGUCUUGUGUGGUGUAUAUUUUUCUUAUGACGGCGCCGUAAAAGUCUCAACACAAUUUCAUGGUAAAAGUGAAUUAAGUGAUCGAAUUUUUAAGUGAAUUAAAUAUAUAUAUAUAUAUAUCGUGUCCUUCAACAUAAAAAAAGGACUCCUCUUUUGGAUUACUUUUACUUUACACAACAAAAAUAUAACAUCAUCCUGUGGAUUUAUAUCUAUCAUCAUAUCACCCAAGGACGAAGAAGAGAGACAAUUUUUUUGGGAUAUAAUAAGGACAUACAAACUUUGUUGUUGGUCUUGGUCAUCCAUUGUAGCAUGUCAGCAUUGAUUCAUCUGUAAAAAAAAAACAUUUGAUAUUCAUCACACCGAUCUUCAUCACAGGAAUAAUGUUAAAUCCAUUAGGAAAUAUAUUUCUUUUUAUUAUUCUGGGUUCCAACAUUAAAGCAGCAAUUGCAAUUUUAAAUUGCAUAUUAGCUCGUCAAUUAUGCUUCGAAGAUCCAUCCUGUUCAGCAAUUUUAGAGAUAAUACCCAGAGUUUGUGGACCCAUUCCAGUUUCAUGUAGCACAGUAACGGUAACGAAAUGCCAAGCUGCAUUAAGAACCCUCCAGGCAUUUCAGUUCUUUCGUCCAACAUGCCUCUGCAAGGAACCAGGAGUUGAUCCGGAUUGUAAUCAUUUCCGAGAUUUUCUGUUUGAUCAUCCGUGUGGCUUUGUCCUUAAGAAAGAAAAGGAUCCAUAUCCGAUAGAUGCACUGCCAACGUGCAACCAUGCAUUAUCCGUGUGCCAACAGGAAAGAAAAUGUUUGAAACUCUUCGAGGACUUUAAGGUGCACUGUAAAGUGAGAGACAAUAAAUGCAGGAUGGAUGACAGAGAGGCAUGUCACGAUUCUUGGACAAAUUUACGCCUAUCACCAAUGUUUGGUUGCAUUUGUCCCAACAAUCAUAUGAAAAAGCGCUGUGAUCGAAUUUUUAAUAUUGUAAAUCACAAUCCUUGUGUCGACAUCAUUUUUUAUUCCUACAGCGGCCUUGGCCCACCCCACUUAACCCACCAACGGACAUCAUCGUCGGAAACCUCGAACAGUGUUUACCUGGCUGAAGAGGAGGAGAAUCUAAUUACGGCGGAAAUAUUCUCACUAUAUCCACACUUUCUAUUCCCACCAUCGUCUGGGAUGAACCGAAAGAUACCCUUAGCCUUGGCCUCUCACAGUCCUGCCACCAAUGAUGACUCGGAUGAGCGUAAUGAGGGAAUUGCUGCUCCUGAUUCCGGCAGCCAUCGUAGAAGAGGUGGAGGAGGAGGAAAUGACGAUGCUGCCGGUGGCGGCGGUGGUGUUGAUGAGGCUUACGAUGUUGGCACGGCUGAUGAGGCUGCUGCUGAUGAUAUUAUAAGACGACGUUUGGGAAUUGUUGUUGGUGUGGCGGCGGCUAGUGAUGAUGAUACUGAUGCCGACACCGAUGAUCCUGAAGCACCUGAUUAUAUUCAUGUAAUUAAACCACUAGAACAUGAAAGUGAUGAGCACUAUUAUCAAAGUAGGAAGCAUAAAAAUUCAUCAUUAUUGAAUGUAUAUCAUAAACAUCAAGGUGGAACCACGAAUGGCUUUUAUGCUGAUACAAUGGAUGAACGAGUCAGAAUAAUGGGAAUGGAUGAAAGCUAUCAUCAGAGGGUUUUCGAGGAUAAUAUGGCUCUCAUUGAUACACCACUUAUAGCUCCAAUAAAUACACAUUAUUCAAGUCAACAUCAUGGUGUCAUCACAUAUCCGUUUAAUGUGAGUGAUUUUCAACGCAGUACCUUACCAACAGCAACCGGAGAUGGUAUCGUCAUUGAUGGCAACACAAAUUCUUAUCAAAGUGGCCAGGACGUCGAAGCGGACCUCUCAUCGGAAAUAAUUAAGCAACAUUUUCAGAGUACCUGUCACACGGCAUUGGAUACAUGCAGGGAGGAUCCGUCCUGUUCGACAUCCCUGCAGCCUAUGCUAAUGCAUUGUGAAAUGCAUCGAUGUAAUCGGAAUGCGUGCAUGAAUUCACUGCAAGCCUUUUAUAAGGGCCCGCACGAGGACCUGAAUCUGGAUAUUGCAUUUUGCCUGUGCAAAAAAACAACGAAUCGCCACGAUAUGUGCAUGAUUGCCCAAGAAAAACUGCAUCCAGUUUGUGCUCAAAGACCACCCGAUAGUAUAAAUCUGCAAAAUUCAAAUGGAAUAUUUUACCAUCCACCGCCAGCAUGUCACGUUGUGGCUGAUUUAUGCAAAGAGGAUCGAGAAUGCAGAAUAAAACUGGAAUACUACGAACAAGCAUGUGCCGUCGAUAGUGUAACGAAAAAAUGUGCUGGUCGACCGAGUGGCUGUCGACAAGCAAUGCUCGGCAUUCUGGGAACUUCACUUCGAACAACGUGUGCCUGUCAAGGCACAGACUCCCAAUACCUGUACCAAUGUGUUGGUUGGCGAAGGCUACUCUGGAUGAAUCCGUGUGUCGUUGAAGCCCAAAAGGAUUUUCACAUGAAACGGUUAGCUGAAUUGGGUCUGCUUAUAACCACAACAACUACAACAACCACAACAACUACCCUACCACCACCAACAACAACUACCACAAAACAGGCUCCAAUGGUCCUCAAACAACCCAAAAACACUCAAGUCGAGGUAUUUCGGCAACAUCCGACGAAAACGAAAUCAGAGCCAACAUCGGUUGAAACCAAUUAUAUCGAGCAGCCAGAUUCAAUACCGGAAACAUUGUUGCACAGCGGAAAUGGAGAAAACGGAAAUACGGGAAAUGACGAUUACCAUGGCAGCAGUAGCAGUAGCAGCAGCGGUGGCAGUGGCUCGAAUGGCAUAAAUGGCGAUAGUGGCAUCAGCAGUGCCAGCAGUAGCAACGGCAAUGGUCGCAGCUCUGCUGCCAAUGGCAGCAAACGAAAAGCCAAUGGCAACGGUGGCGGCGGCAGCAAUGGUAGCAACGGCCACCAUCGCGAAAGAACGGAACCCGAGGAGCCAACGAUUGUCAUCCUUCCGACAACGACAACGGAGCGUGUAACCACAACAGAGCCAACCACAACGUCCACCACAACAAUGAUGACCACAACGACACAAGCUCCAAGGAACUGUGUUGCGCAGAGGCCACAUCAGUCAGACCAGCUGAUUCGAGAAGGAACAAGUAAAAGGAUCUAUUCGUUGGACGACGCCGAAUGCAGUGAAUUGUGUACCUGUGGCGAAUCACUAACGUUAACGUGCCAUGCACUCUGUGUACCGUUCGCUCCAUGUAGGACAGCGCUUGCAUUUUACAGCCAUGCUUCGCCGGCUUAUCAGGCCUUUCGAGGCAGAUGCCUCUGCUAUUCGGGGCGUUUUAUUUGUAUGAAGCCGCCGCUAGGGGAAUACACUUUACCUGGUGGAGUAUUUCUUUUACUUGGCUACAGUUCAGCGGAUGAAGCGCUUUUGCGACCGCAUACAAAUCUCGGUGUACAGGAUGCAGUAAGAGCUCUUCAGCAAUAUGUCACCACACACAUUGACAAUCAGACAAUGUGCACACUGACUUUAUUCAACAUGACAGAUGAGAACAUCAUUAUAGCAGCCCGUUUACCACACGAUGCUAAGCUGAAAGCCAUCGACGUGCUCCGAAAAGAAAAGGAGGAAUGCACAAACAUUCUAAAAACCAUAAGUCAUCAUAUAAACACCGAACAUAGUGAACUGCAAUCCCACCGACUGCUGAGCAUAUUCAAGAUGUCCGAAGUCGAAGUUAUAUGGCCGGAGAGUAGUAGCGCCAAUUCGCCAACAACAAUUCUCCUAGGCAAAUGCACCCUUAUAACAUCCCUGAUGUUUUCCCUCUUGCCAUUUGUUAGCUGGACAUUUUUAAAGAUUGCCCAAGAAGAGACAUGACAUUAAAUUAUUCAUGCCAAAACAUUAUAAGAAUAGAGUUGGAGAGCAGCAGCAUGCGGCAGAAUAGGGCAACAGUGAGAGAUUAGAGCUCUAUAUAUACCUACUACUUAAACUAGGAAGUAAGUCCGCUAUUAACCUAACUGUGUAGGAUUUAAGCAUUUUACCUAGAAAUGUAAGAAACCCGCGUUGUAAGUAAAAUAUAAGAAGAAAAAAAGAGUAUGUGUGUGCGAAUGUGCAUGUAGGUUAGGCCAAGUGAUAAAUAAGAACAAAAAAAAAAAAAAGGUGUAAAAUAAUAGAAAAGAAGAGUGAUGGCAAUGCUGUAUAACAUUCCUCUUGGAAUGAUGCGACAUUAUGUGAAUAUGAAGAAAUCUUAGGAUUUAUGUAGGUUAUAAGAAUUAAGUGGUGUCACUGAAAAUUUUUGUUGUUUGUCUAUUGUUUUGUUAAUUGGCAUUCUAGGUUGAAUGUUGAGUUGAGAUUUGCUGGAGUUUGGAUUAUAGUGACUUAUGAGAGGCGUGCAAAUGAGAAUUGCUGAUACUUUCACUUUUCUAGAAAGUUCAAAUGGAAGAACUGGGCCCUAUUGCAUCAACCACUUUGCACUUUGCAACUUUGCAACUUUGCAAAUUCUGUUGCACCAAACUCCAAUUUGCAAAGAGGAAAUUCAUUCUUUGCAAAUUUUGUUGCACCAACCACAAAAUUUGCAAAGCACAAAGUACUUUUCUGAAAAGCGCAAAGUCUUGCAAAUUUGCAAAGAAUUCUUUGAUUUCUUUGCACUUUCCUUUUAAAAUUCUGCAUGGUUUUGCAAUAAUAUGCAAAGACAAAAUUUGAUUUGC